GCAGUAAUGCUCAAUUCAUUCGAUUCAGUAAUGGCGGCUAUUUUGCUGUUGAGUUUCGGUGGAGGAGGUUAAAGUAAAUUCUUUAUCGCAUAUUUUCAAAGGGAAAAGAUUGUCUUUUUAUGUUUUGAAGCAGGGAAGACUGUCAGGGAAAGAUACGACAUCGCUAAGGAAACGUGGCUGGUUCCUCGUAUAAAAUUAUUAAUGAAGCUAAAAGAAGAACUUCAUUGUACAUAUAAUGAUAUACAAGAUCUUUCGGGAUGGAGGUUUUAUAUGUAUGAUUCUGUUCAUUUUUAUGGUAACAAUACAUUGCUUUUCAACUUAUGAAGAUGAGCUGACCAUAGAAGAAUUAUGUGCUGGUACCAGGGUUGUUCAAAGAAUUAGUCCAAACGAAAAAUAUGAAUUGAAGCUCAGAUCUGCAACUUCAAAUGCUGCUGCACAUACUCAUAUUCAAAGAAAAAUUUAUCAAACAUCAAAAAGAAAAUGUCUUAAAAGACUUGAAACAACCGAUUCUGCUUCACAUUUUGUUCUUGUUAUAUCUAAUUUUUCAAUUUCAUCAUGUUCAAAGAAGUGUCAAUGUAAUUAUUUUGAAGUAACUGAAUCAGGAUAUUCAAGAAAGUAUUGUGGAGAAAGCACCAGCGAUGAGUAUUUUGAAUCAAAGAGUAAUGUUUUAUCUCUAGAGUUUCUGAAGGGAUUAUCAAUGCGUUUUGAAGUGACUUUAAGUUUUACUGUAGAAAGAAACUCGUAUAUUAGAACUGGAUCUUCUAUAAAUCAUCACUUUCAAUAUAUUGAGACUCCAUAUUUUCCAAAUGCAUACCAAAAUAAUUAUGCUGCAGAAUAUCUCUUACAAGCAGAUGAUCUUAAUGAUCAUGUUGUUCUACUCUUUCUGGACUUUCAAAUUGCGCCAGGAUCUUUCGUUGAGAUUGUUGGUCAUAAUGGAACUCGUCCAUUUCGAUUUUAUGGAGAUAUAUUUCGUCCACCUUUCAUUGUGUCUGAAACACACAGAUUAAAUUUACGUUUUGAAGCCAACAAUCAACUUGCGAGACUUGGUUUUCGGGCUCUGUAUUCAUUUGUAAAAGGUAAAAUUUCUGAAGUCGAAAAGCCUUUCACAGGUAAUUCUUGUGGAGGUUUUGAGAAUGGAUAUGGAGGGUCUCUCUUUAUACCAGUUCAACAGGAUUAUCAACUAUAUGACUGCAUAUGGCAUGUAAUCUAUCCUUUCUUGCCACAUACCACAUCACACUUUUUAUCUGUUUUACUGUUAUCUUUAGAAAAUAUUGGGCAUACAGUUGUGAUGGAAUUUCGAGAUGGUCUGAAUUCAAAAGCAAAUCUUCUUAGAAAAAUUCACUGUCAAAAUGCUGUCUGUGAUAAUAUUUCUGAAAUAAUAACUUCUGCAUCCAGUGGACUUUAUAUCAGAUUUCGUGGUUACUUGAACUUUCAGUCUGUUGUGAGGAUGUCAUACAGCUCCUAUUUGCAAGGAAAUUGCUCCGAUAAAGAAAUACCCUGCAUGGGUAAUAGAUGCCUUAUUUCAGAUUUGUAUUGUGAUGGGAUUCAAAACUGCCCUGAUGGCAGUGAUGAAGAAAAUUGUCUAGGUCUAGGAACACCUCCAGUUGUCUCUCCACGGCCAUCGUCUUCUCCUAGAAGAUUAUAUAGCUCAAACACUGCUCAUACAUUUGCAGUUCUUCUGUUUAUUGGAAUCAUUGGCCUCAUUUUUGCUGUUCUGGUUGUCUUUUUAAUAUUCUAUCGACAUUAUAAAAUGAAGUUAAUAUCAGCUGAUACUCCCAGGCCUCCUCCAUCUAUCCACAGUCAAGGAACAGAUAUAACUCCAGGAUUAUAUUCUUUGGAUGCACUUAAUUGUGAUCAUCCACCUUCAUAUGAAGAUUAUAUCAAAGCCUCUGAAAAUUAUCCACCUUUAUUAUAUUCAAGAGCCAAGCAACAUUUCAGGAACUGUACCACUACUUUUUCUAAUUCUAGUUUGAAAGACUAUGCCAUUUCCUUUGCCAUUACUGAGGACUUAAAAUCAUGUGAUAAUAUAUUGCCAGAUAAAUGCUUAUUUUGCUAUGGUUUUUCUGAAAUAGAAAUUGCCAGUACUUCAUUGAAUGGGAGAAACAUUUAUGGAGAUAAUCUUCCAUACUUAUUAGAACCAAGCUGUUCCUUUAAUAGGAGGAGUGUCAAAUGUGCUGCUAAUAAUUUUACACCCAUGAAACUAAGUUCUAAAAGGGCAAAGUCUUUAGAUUCAAAUUUAAAUGAAAUAGAGCAUCAGAAUGCUUGCCAUCUUUACUUACCUGUAUUUCAUCCUACUUGUCCUCAUAUUCCCAACCAUUUGUCCCACACUCGUAUUUGGUCUUUGCCUAGACAUUUAAGAAUAAAUACUUCAUAUUCAAAAGAUACUGACAUUAAGUUUGAAAGCUGCGUAAAGAAUACAAUACAUUUAUCUAAAGAUGUUGAAUAUUUCGAUGGUAAACAUCGCCGCUUUACUUGGUCUGUUGCUUCAGAUAGAGCUUCAAUUAAUUCCGACAUCUGGGCUUUGGUAAAAGCUCGAUGUACUAGUGAUCCAAACCAUAGAGUUAGCUGCAGUAUUCAGUUUACAAAUAAAUGAUUUUAUUUAUUGGAUAUUUAGUGUAAAAGUAUUUAGUGUGCCAUGCUGUAUUGAAGAUCUGUGUACACAUAAUUCAGAUAAUUUUUUUGUUAUGCAAGAAAGGACUAAUUCUUGACUUUUAUCUUUUUUCUAUAAUUUAAUUCAAUGUGAAAUGUUGAAUGUAGGCUCAUAAUUUGUUUUAAUGCAUUUGAAAUAAGAUAUUUCAGAAUUACCUAAAGUGUGUAACUUAAGAAAUUAGUGUUAAGUUUUUAUAACAAAUAGCUUUAUUUGUUUAAAUGCAAUUUAGGACAAAUUCUUGUAAAAUUAUGAAUCUUCAAAUAGGAAAAAUUACAGAAGUUUAUUAUUUUUAAAGCAAUGUAGUUGUAUUUUUGAAAAUGUAAAGAAUGAAAAAAGUGUAGUCUGGAAAUACCUGUUUAUAAAUUGUAAAUUAUUUAAUAAAUUGGGAGCAAAUCUGUUCUUGUACGUUAAAUGUUUUUUCCCGUUAUAAUCAAUUUUGAUGAAUGUGCAAGUUUGUUGGGUUUUUCAAUGAAGAGUGUAUAUUUUGUUAGUUUCCCUAGAAAAAAAAGUCCUUUAAAAAGUAAAGGCAUUUAUAUUUAGGAAAAUAAUAAACUUAUUGAUGUGAGAUAUUUUGUAAUCAGUGGUUUCCCAGUUUCUUCAGAACUAAUAAAUGGAUUUUUAAGUUUCAGUGCUAUUAAUCUUUCUUUCAACUUCUAAAUUAAUUAUCACAAAAGUAUCAUAAUGUGAUAAUUUUUAAAAUACAAUUUAACUUUCUGAUUGUAAGUGAUGUAAUAUUUUAAUACUCUCAACUUUAAAUUCUUGAUAUAGGAAAUAUAUUUUUAUUUAUGAACAAGUAGUUAAAGAGCCAAACUACAAAUGUUUGUAUAUACAUAUAAUGGUCUGUUAUUGUGCCUUCUAUUUAUACGUAACAAUUCACCUUAGACAUGGGAGUUAUUUUAAAUACAAUUCUGUGAAUAAAGUUAUUAAACGUUUUGUCAUCUGUAAUAAGUUAAAUAUUAAAAUGUAAUUUCCCUGUAAUUUAUUCUUACAUAUUCUGUUAUGUUCAAUGAACAAUUAAUAAUAAAGUAAAAGCUCGACUAUCCAGAAAACUCUGAAAUCGAAUAAAUUCCGGAUACGUAAAAAUUGUAGAUAGUUGAGCAUAGAAAAAAUGAAAUAUGUUAUGAAAGCCAAACCAUGGGAAAUUUUAUGCUCUAAAAUUAUAAAAAAAAUCAUCUUAUUUGUUACCAACUUGAGUAUCAAAAUCUUGCAUUUAAAUUGUAUGAUUUCAAAAAAAGGCUCAUUUCAGUCAUCAAAGCCAUUGUAUUUUAUAGUCCUUAAAUGUAAAAUAUUUGAUCUGAUUAUAAAGUCUAAUCAAACAUGAAAGUUGGUGGAGAUAUUGCCAGUCGUUCUGGCAGAAGUUUAAAUGAACAGAUAGCUCUUUAUUUAGUUGGAGACACUUGACAUAUAAAAAAACUUAAAUUGCUCAUGCUGAUUUUUCAUAUUACAUCGUCAUUGUUGAUCCGUUUAGUUGUGCAUCAAGUCUUUUAUGCUGCCCCAAAUCUGUAUAGUUUUUUUUCAAAUGUAAAUGAAAAAAAGAACGUGUAUUCUUUUUCGAAAAUAAUUAACUCGAAUGUAAAUUAAACCCAAACUAACUUUAUAUGAUUGUGUUAUGACAUGAUUAUCCAUUACUGGUGCUAAAUCAUACUGUUUGGUGACAAUGUAUGCAUGUUAAUAGUAUUGCAGGCAUAUUCUAUAAUGGCAUUACAAAUCUCUUAUAUAAAUUUUUUUGGGGAAAACGUUUCCUAAAAUUACAAAUAUUCCAUUUGCAUGAGCUUUAUGAUUAGUUGAAUGCUGGAUAGUCGAGCUUUUACUACAUAUUAGAAAAAGGUAUUAAGACUGUUAUAAAAUUUGUGAUUAUGAAUUCUAAAAUGUUUAAAUUUUUGUGUAGCCUUCCUUUAUAUAAAUUUAUAGUUAAAUAAUUUCAGUAUGCUAUUGCUUUUAUGUAGAUGGACUUCUGUGUUGAUGCAUUGGUUUUUUUCAACUUUUUAUUAACUUUGUCAGAUUUUAUAUUCUGCAGUUAAUAAAAUGAAUUUUGCAGUUUUGUUAUAUAAUUUGAUAUGGAAUUAUAAACCAUAUCAUUUCACCUUUGAACAAAUAUAUGCAAAUGUAAUAUUUUUAAAGUAAUAAUUCAAAUAUUAGGUCAGCAGAGAAGUUGAACAUCUUAAAUUUUUUGGCAUUAUUAUAUUUUGAAAUAUUAAAUCUUACAUUGUUUGGAAUUGAUGCUUUAUCACCAUAAGAGUGUAUUUUAAUGUAUUGUGCUUGGAAUUUGAAGGAAGUUUUAAUUUAUGUAAAUUUCUUAUCCAGGAAUGGAAAAAAAUUCACUUUGAUUUCCUUUUUCUCAAGUAUUUUCUUAUUUAAUUGGGAUGAUCAAUAAAAAUAUGUUAGUUAUUAUAGUGUUUUGAUCGUUGCAGGGUUUACCACUUGUUGCACAGAAACACAUGUGCUAUAUGCUAGUAUGUUAUUAAAAGCUUAAAUAUUGCUGCUCCUUUCCUAUUGUCGAACAAAA